AUGAAACCGAUCUCCAUCGGAUAUGGAUCAAAGUUGUUGCUACAAGGAAUACCAGGGAAAGGAGCUCAAGGCUGGAGAACUUGUGUUAGCGUAGUUGGCAUCUCACUCGCAAGAAGAUACAGACAUCCAUCGCCUUCAGUGCUGAUUCCCGCACUCCGCACUCUCAGGAAUAUUGCGAGAGGAGAUGUUUGUCAGAGACAGGAAAAUAUGGUGUCCGAUAUUGCUGUUUUUAUUUCUUUGAUAUAUGGUGUUAAUGCUUUUACUGGGGCAAGUAAUACUGAAAUUAUAACUGCUGCAAACACAUAUGUCCAGCAACGUGGAUUUAUAAUUGGUGCCUUACAUCUGUUAAUGGAAAAGGAAGACCGCCUCGGGAUGAAAGACUCAUGGGGACCUUUAAAGGCUCUGGCAGUUGCUAGUGCUAUCAAUGGUCUUGGUGACAUAAUUUUAUUCAGAUUCCUAGGAUAUGGUAUUGCUGGGGCGGCUUGGGCAACAAUGGUUUCACAAGUUGUAGCUGCUUAUAUGAUGGUUGAAGCUCUGAAUAACAAGGGUUAUAAUGUGUUUUCCAUCUCGAUUCCAUCAGUUACUGAGCUUACACAGAUAGUUACGCUUGCUGCUCCAGUGUUUAUAACAAUGAUGUCAAAGGAACCCUUACUCAUUUGCUGCGACUUCAGAAACGCUUUCAAAGAUACCAUGGAAAUCCUUGGGAACACAAUAUUGCAUUUAAUAAGGGUCAGAUUACAGAGUAGUGCGCUGCUUGCGAACUGGUUGAGGAAGAUGAGAACAAAGUUGGAAGGAUUAGUCAAGGUGUUCCCCAUUUUUGUGGUUGGAUACUACUUUAGUUAUUUGGUAUCAACGGUUAGGUAG